CGUGGCGAGACAUGAUGCAAACGACCCAGCGUCUUACCAAACGCCUGACAGCACUUCACCUGUAUGAGGAAGCUGCACUGAACCUGGCAACCAAGCCAAAUGGCAUCCUCGGUGUGUGCCAUGACCCGGUCAUCCUCGCCCAACAGCUCACACACAUUGAACUGGACAAGAUGAGUUUUAUUGGGCCUGAGGAAUUCCUCCAGCUAUUCGCCAGGAAGGAACCUAAGCAACAACCAGCUGUACGCGGUGGUGGCGUGGGACACCCCGCCUUCCUGAAGCGGUCAUUAGAAAAAGGCGGGCUCCGGUCUAAGUCCUCCUUCUGAAACAAAUGUAAAAAAAAAAAUUGAGCUUACUCAGCGUGGGAUGAUGUUCACAUGGAAAUGUUGGUGGUUGCAAUACUUUUUUUCUCCUCACAAACUAAAAACAGCUAAGUACAACAGUUGUUAUUUGCAGUAUUAUCACCUGGGUUAAAGGGUAAUUUUACGCACAAGGUCUCCAUAUGUAUUUUUUGCACCGGAAAAGUAUUCUGACAGUAACAUAUGACCUAGCCUUCUGAGAAAGUAGGGUUGUACGGUAUACUGGUACUAGUAUAGUACUAAUGAAUCAAAAGCAGUACUAUACUCUGUUGGAAAAAUACUGGUUCACCAUAUUUUUUUUUCACAGGCAUGACGGUGCGUGGUCACGUCGUGGCAUUGCUGGUUUUACGGGCAGAGGAGCAUGUUCGGCAGCGCAAAUACACAGAGCUAAAGGUCAGAGCAGCAGUGUUGAGUCGUACAUGGACUGGUUCCACACACUGAGUUCCCUUGUGGCCACUGAGAUCGCUAAGCCAAAGAAGAAGAAGCAGCGAGUGAAGGUGGCAGAGUUCUUCAUGGAUGUGGCUCAGCAGUGCUUGGACAUCGGCAACUUUAACUCCCUAAUGGCUAUCAUUUCUGGAAUGAACAUGAACUGUGUUUCCAAGAUGAAAAAUAACUGCAACAAAGUCCACACGAAAAAGUUAAAAAUCCUAGAGCACCAGAUGGACCCGUCCAACAACUUUGAGAAUUACCGGAGCGUGCUGUGCCACGCCACUGAGAAGUCCGAAGUCAUGUUCAUACCUUUCUUCAGUCUCCUCAUUGAAGACUUCCUCCUUCUGGAUAUAGACUUUGCCAACAGGCGUCGUACUAAUCAGCACAUUGAGAAACUUGGGGAUAUUGCAAAGCCGGUGAGUGACUUUGUGCUCUGGCGUCAAGCCGUCUGUCCAUUCAGCCGAGAUGACAAAGUCCUCCGUUACGUCAUCACAACACCAGUCUUCACUGAAGAAGAGCUCCAUCUGACCUCCAAGGAGAGCAAAGGCAAUGUGGAAAAGGACGACCGUCGAUCUUUUAAAAGAGCCUUCAAAAGAUUCUUUAAACUUCCCCAAAAUAAAUAAAUAAUUUGUAUAAUAAAAUGUUAUUUAUUUCAA